GCGAGCAGCGCAAGGAAAGGGAGGGAUUUCCUGCUGGGAUAGAGGAGAGCUGGCUGCUGGACUCCCAGGAAAACUUCACACAAAGUCGCCUGGCGAUUACUGCAGAGGCGCCCGGGUCUCCUCCAGGCUCCGUGACAUCAUUUGGCGCCCACGGAAGAACGAUCGGCUUUUUAUCUCAAGUACAAUGAACGUCAUACUUACACCUGGGAUCUUCACGUAAAGGAGAAAGUACACUAAAGUGAUCAGCGCAGCUCUGGAGGAAUCAAAGGACUUAACGAAACGACAAAAAGCAACCGUGAGCACCGCUACAGGAAGGAUUUCCCCUGUCCAAGUUUUAAGGUUCCCCUGAUGGAGCGCUCCAUACCCUUGCAGCCCCCCGUAGCUCGUGGACGUGGUGCUGGCGCUUCCUUUUGUCUGCUUGUGAUAUGGGACGUGUCCAAGUGACCGGAGAUCAGAAGGGGGAAUUCGGCUCUGGAAAACCAGACAUUUCCCCCGAGGUUACUAUUUGUUUAGUGGCAGACUUUAUAAGGUCGUGUCGACCGAACUAGAAAGGCUUCGCUUUCUGUUGCUCUGCGGACGUCGCGUGUGUAAAUGUGAACAGUGCCGGGAGAGGAUACAAUUUGGGGAUUUUUGCAAAUACGUGGGCAGAGCUGAAGAGAUGAUUUUAUAGCUGGUCUAGCGAUGGGUCGGGAGAAUGAACUGAUCCAGGCUGUGAAGAGCGGAGAUGUCGGGACUGUGCAAAAGCUGCUGGCGAAGGUUCGGACGUCAAAAAACAAACUUCUGGGAUCAACCAAGAGGAUAAAUGUCAAUUAUCAGGACGGUGAUGGGUUUUCCGCUUUGCAUCACGCUGCGCUCAGUGGCAACUCUGAACUAUUGCUGCUGCUUCUAGAAACACAGGCAGCUGUGGAUAUCAAAGAUGGCAAUGGAAUGCGUCCCUUACACUACGCUGCGUGGCAGGGCCAGCCAGAGCCCGCGCGACUCCUUCUCCGAGCAGCUGCCAGCGUCAAUGCUGCUUCCAAUGAUGGACAGAUUCCCUUGCACUUAGCUGCUCAGUAUGGACACUAUGAAGUGUCUGAGACCCUCUUGCAGCACCAGUCAAAUCCAUGCCUUGUCAACAAAUCCAAGAAAACGCCCUUGGAUCUGGCUUGUGAAUUUGGGAGGGUAAAGGUGGUGCAGCUGCUUCUGAAUAGCCAUCUAUGUGUCUCCCUGUUGGAAGGCAUAUCCAAAGAUCACACAGACCCUAAUUUUACCACACCUCUGCACUUGGCAGCAAAAAAUGGCCACCGGGAGGUCAUCAGACUGCUCCUUAAAUCUGGCAUUGAGAUUAACAAAGUGACAAAGAUGGGCACUGCAUUGCACGAGGCAUCACUAUGUGGAAAGACCGAAGUCGUGAAGCUGCUAAUAGAGAACGGCAUCGAUGUAAAUAUCCGGAACACGUACAAUCAGACUGCUUUAGAUAUUGUAAACCAGUUCACCACCACCCAUGCCAGCACAGACAUCAAGCAGAUUCUUCGAGAGGCCUCUGGGAUACUUAAAGUCCGGGCCCUGAAAGAUUUCUGGAAUGCUCAUGAUCCUACUGCUCUGAAUAUCAGGGCUGGAGACCUCAUAACUGUUUUGGAGCAACAUCCAGAUGGUCGAUGGAAAGGUCAUAUCCAUGAUGCGCAGAAGGGAACGGAUAGAGUGGGCUUCUUUCCUCCAGCAAUUGUAGAGGUCAUCACAAAAAGGCUUGGCUCCACUCUAUCUCGUAAUGCCACAAUACCUUCUCAGCAGCGUUUGGCAAAGCCACUGCUACCGCAACCCAGUCAGUACGGCACAGUAACCAGCGUUGGUAUUACCUCUGAAUACAUCGGAGCCGGUGACCGUCACAGUGUGGGCAGCGAGGGCAGCCUUGGCAGCGUACGCAGCGCUGGAAGUGGCCAGAGCUUUGAAAGCAGUGGUCUGACCUCCACUCUCCUCAUAGAGAAUGCUCAGAACCUACAUCAUGGUUAUGAAGAUCACCAUAACAGAAUAUCUGUUGGCACCGCUCCUGCUCACGUGAUGCACCCAGUUCAUGUGGUGGAGAAAGACCCAGGAUCCUAUAUGCAAGGAAAGGACGCAGAGCUUAUCUAUUGCUGGCUGCGGAGUUUCCAGCUAGACAUGUACGUCGGGAACUUUUUAUCUGCCGGCUAUGACCUUUCAACAAUCAGCCGAAUGACCCCGGAGGAUCUCACAGCAAUCGGUGUAACAAAACCCGGGCACAGAAAGAAAAUUUCCACUGAGAUUGGCAGGCUGAGUGUUGCAGACGGACUUCCUCAAAAAACACCAGUAGACCUGUGGGAUUGGCUUUCUCAGUUGGGGCUCCCUGAAUACCACAAGCAGCUGUCUGAGAAUGGAUACGAAUCUCUUAGCAGCGUGACAGAACUGACCUGGGAGGAACUGCAAGAGAUCGGGAUUCACAGCCUAGGGCACCAAAAGAAGUUGCUUCUGGGCGUGAAACGUUUGCUUGAUCUGCAAAAGGGAUACACAAGUGGGGGCACCUUAAGAUCCAGAUUACCGGGUUCCUUGUCUUCCAAGCCCGUUCUAGAAAAUGGAGAACCCCCUAUCGCACCCAAGCUUCAAACCUUCCAAAAUGUGGAGUUAAGCCGGGAACUCCAGAGUGCAUUAACACAAGGCAGUGAGGUGCUGUGUACAGGGAGGCGUUCGUAUAGUCAGGAGAGUAUUAGUUCUCGUUCCCAGGGCUCGGGUCACUCUCAAGAGUCCAUGACUCUACAAGCUCCGGCGCUCAAUAACUAUAAAGUUCUGGACUCCAGUUUACCAGAAAGGAAUUUGCCAGAGGGAGCAGACCAAUUGCAAAGACCAACUGUUGCAAAUGGAUGUCCUGUCCGUCCUGAACCGCCUGUACCGCCUCCCAAGCCCUCUAUGAAAAAACGUUCGUUGAGUGAAUGCCGCUAUGCGCUGUCCGACGGCGAGCCAGAGGAGGAAGAGAAAACUCCCACUUCAGGCUCGGUGGCACUGGGUUCUUAUGCUACGCUUACUCGUCGCCCAGGUCGUAGCUCACUCACAAAUGGGCAACCAGUAAAAAAAGUCCAGCGGAGUCAAUCCUUUGCUGUACGGGCACGCAGGAAGGGACCACCCCCUCCACCUCCUAAGAGACUAAGUUCUAUGUCUAGUGCGGAAGGCAACGCUUCUGCUGAAAAUAACUCAGUGAAAAGCAUAGCGGCAAAUCUGGAGGGACAGCUAGAGUUUAAACCUGUGGAGGUUUGUAAAGCAGAAGCCUUGGAGAACUCCGGGGCUCGAAGGAGGACGGUGAGUGAGUCUGCCGCUGGCGUCGAGGUGAGAUUAUCAUUGCCACUUGCAGCAAGAAAAGAGGAGGACAAAAAAGAGGAAAGUAUCUCCUCACAGCAUAGCUCUAGCGAGAGCAUUCCUUUCGCCGAGGAAGGAAACCUUACCAUCAAACAAAGGCCCAAACCGCCAGCAACCAGGGCGGAGUUUGUUACGGUGGCAGAACUGUUCUCGGCGGUAGAGCCGCAAACUCCUGCGCAUUCACAAUCUAGCUGUGAAACCCCACAGAGUCCGGUAACUAAAAAAGAGGCACCAAUAGGAGUCAAACCCCUUAUAAGUCCUAAGCCAAAUUUUGAUCCUAAAUUCCCACCUGGGACUCAUGGCUCCAAAGUCAACGUGGAGCUGGAAUUCAACCUCACUGAAUCUGAUACAGUGAAGAGAAGGCCAAAGAUCAAAGACAAAGAGGCAGGCAGCCCUCAAGAAGCCAGUCAGAAGAGUCCCACUAACCCCCCACCAGCCGAAGCAAGCACUUUAGGUGGUCCUCCAGCACCAAAUACUGUUCUGAACAGAUUGGCCAAGAUGGAGAAAGGUCCUAUAGGUUUGGAAAGAAGAGAGAUGCAAGAGACUCCAAGGGAGAAGGUAGAAAAAACAGGCUCUCAGGCGCACUUGGUGAUUUCUGGCCCUGAGCAGGUUUUGCAGAAGCCUUCAUGGGGAUCAAAUGGUCCACCCCCAAGUACAAAUUCAAUUUUAUGGACAAACGAACCAUGCACUGUCGUUACGGAAUGGAAUAAGGUGCCUUCCCAGAGCACGGGUAGCUCACAGCUUGGACCAUCAAGAUAUUCCACCUCACUACAGAAAACCCAAGAUGACCGAGAACCGAUAGAAAAAAGUAUCAGCGACCCUGAUCCUCUGACGAAGAACAUCUUAGAUGACAUCAGUACAAUGUUUGAUGACCUUGCAGAGCAGCUGGAAGCCAUGUUGGACUGAGGAAGGCCUAUUCACAUAUUUUUGGCACUUUAGCUGGGACAGCAUGACGGCACAGCUCCGCUAGCAUCGGGCUUCUCACCAGCUGUGGCUCCACCUAUUGCACACCAGUCACCGCCAUUAAAUUUGGUUCGGAUUGAGAACUUUUGCAGCGGCACUCUAAUUCCCCCUUCCCACACUUUUUUCCCCUUUAUAGACAGAGCCUUGUUGCGGCUGAUGCAUUGAUCAGAGGGAUUUUUCUAGUUCUAAAUCACUCGUACUGCUUAAUGUAUGAAAUAACCAUCUCAAAGAAGCUAAUGCCCCUGCCCUAAGCUUUGUCUAUGUACUGCCACACCAAUAUCAGUUUGAUUAAACUGUAUUAUUCUCUCAUUGCUAAAUGAAAUUGUAAAUGUUUGAUUUUUUUUGUAAGAAAAGUCUAUUUUAAAGUAAUUUUAUAUAUAUGUAUGUAUAAACCUCUAUAAAUAUAUAUUUACUAACCGGAA